AUGGGCAUUCGACAGGCAGAAAGGGGACGUAGCACAGGUAUGUCGUCACUGCUGAGAGUACAUUGUGUUGGGCCGUUCCUAAAAGGCUUGCCACCGCUUACUGCUGCUGCUAAGCAGACGGUCAGGCCUAUUCACACUUCUUCUCCAAACGGGGAUUUCAUGUCGUGGUUCAAGAGGAAGAAGCAAGAAGAACACAAGGAGCCCGUUAAGGACACGAAACAGUUGAUAAAGGAUAUCGAAGAGGGUAGGGCUGGAGCGUCUUCCAAGAACAAGAAUAGAUUGGAACUAAUACCUGAUAACUUUAUUGGUGACGGUCCCAGACGGUAUAAAAGGAAGAAGGAGUUAAAGCAUGCCAUUUCUGCUGCCCCAUUCAAUCAAUGGUUGACUAGGGGCAAGGUCACUUCCGAGAAUGAAUUAGACGACGUAAUAUCGCAGGCAAUGCAAAAAACGCUGGGCAACGAUGACCAGAACGUCCAGUUUCCGGAUUUAGUGGCCAAGUUCGAAUUCACCAAGUUUUUGCAAGCGAAAUCAGGCUAUCUAAUCUCAGAUUAUAAACUGACUACUCUAACCACUCCCCUACAGUUCAAAAAGUAUUUUAUGGAGAAAAUUCUACCAUCGGUUAACGAUCCUGCACUUAUUUUCAAAGAAGCUGAGCCUAAUGCCAUCCAUCCACUUUCCGACAAUUAUGCUUCGCCAAACGUUUAUGUCGUUAACGAUAUMACUCCCAAAGAGCAAAAAAUUAAAUAUGAUACUAUUAUGAGAGAAGUUCAGAAACUGGAAGAUGAUGCAACGAAGAAAGCCUUGGAAACAGCAAGAUCUGCCUAG